GAAAAGAGUCGAGGAAAAACGGCGUCAACUGGCAACGCUGCCAGCAAGUGAAAGUGGCUGUUGCGAGUCUUCAGUUAUGUAUUCGCGACCCGCGUGGCCGCUCGACAAUGUCGAACGCUCUCAAGGUGAGUAAAAGUGUGGCGACUGGGUUCUGAAAUGCUGCGGAAAAUGUGCCUGUUUCUGAGCUGCGCGCUUUUGAUCGACGCCCAGCUGUUCUUCCCGCUCAAAGCGGCGCGGCAGCUCACUGAGCGACUCAGAGCCAAGCUGAGCCAGUACAGGGAUCGGACGCGCGAGCGCAACACGCAAAUGAUCUGCUACGAUGUGGUGGGCUGCUUCAGUCUCCCGCACAAAAACUCACCGCUGCAGAAGGUGCCGGAAAGUCCGGCCGCUUUGGACACCAAGUUCCUGCUGUUCACGCGCCAGAAUCGCACCGAACCGGAACUGCUCCACUAUGCGGACGCUUCCGGUUCGCUGCGCUCAUCCAGCUUCAAUGUGUUCAAGCCGCUCAAGGUGCUCAUCCAUGGCUACACGAGCAAAUGGAACCAAUCGGGGGCCGUUCAGGUGAAGGACGCCUACCUCCAGCUGUACGACUGCAACGUGCUGCUGGUCGACUGGCAAAAUGGGGCUCGGGGGCCCCAAUACACAUCGGCCGCCGCCAACACUGAACUGGUGGGGCGUCAAUUGGGCAUCCUGCUGCUCAGCAUGGUGGAGGGCGGGCUCCAGCCCCACAACAUCCACGUGAUCGGGUUCUCGUUGGGGGCGCAUGUGGCAGGGGCGGCGUCCGAGCCCCUCAAAAUCAAGGGCCACCUGAUGGGGCGCAUCACCGGCCUGGACGCCGCCAGUCCGCUCUUCCGCAGCAACCAUUUUCGCGAGAAGAACAAGAAGCUGGACCGAACGGAUGCGCGCUAUGUGGAUGUUCUGCAUACCGACGCCAGUCCGUUUCUAGCGGACGGUUUCGGGCUGUGGGAGCCCAUCGGACAUGCGGAUUUCUUCCCCAAUGGGGGCCAGCAGCAGCCCGGAUGCCGCGAUCGGCGCAGCUCAGUGCUGAUCACGCAGUUGGAGGGGGGAAAGUUGACGCGCGAGUCCGCCUGCAGCCACAUCCGCGCCUUCCAGCUCUUCACCGAGACCAUCAGCAGCAAGCUGGGGCCACCGGGCGCCGCCCCCUGCCAGUUCAUCGCCUACAGCUGCCCGGGGGGGAUGCCCGCCUUCGAAAAGGGGCACUGCUUCCCGCAGCUCCCCAAGGGCAACCUCACAGGGGAAACGGGCCUGUUUGGGGAGGACUCCACCGGGGAGGGCAUCAUGUACUUCAGCACCCGCGCCUCCAGCCCCUAUUGCGGCACCCAACUGCAGGCCUCCGUCUACGUGGCGCAGCGCACCAGCGCCAUCAAAGGCGUGCUGCAAAUCGCCCUUUUCUACCCCCACCACUCUGUGACCUUCCACAUUGAAACCAACACCAAAGACUUCGUGAUGAGCGGCUCGAGGAUGGACGCCGUGGCCGUGGCCCCGUUUCGCUCCCUGGACCCGCUUCAGACGCCCGCAAUCCACACCAACCUGCACUUUUUCCCCAUCCAAGUCGAGGAGGAGGAGGAGAAUCGGACUGCAAUCGCGCCCGGCCGCCUCUAUGUGGACAAAAUCGUGGUCAGGGACAUGUGGGGGAACAGUUGGCAGCACAGCGAGAAGGAGCUGAUGGUCAGCGACAGCAGCCCCAAGCGGCUCAUCCUGCGCACUGUGUGAUAUUACCCGAAUAAAACGUGUUUGCUGUUGUGGAA